UUUAUCCGUUAUGGUAGCAUUCUUCCCGUUACACUCCAGAUUAGAGAUUAGGAGAUGGUAGAUAUAUCUAGAGAAAGAGAGAUGGACGAAUGAACGUUAGUGAUAAGACGGCCGUGACAAGGACGUCGUCAGUUGAGCCGUCGGCGUCAUGCAUGGCGCUCCCACUACAAAAAAACGUCUUCUGCUUCCCGCUAGCUUCAAACACCCAUCGAUCCAUCUCCACGACUCUGGUAUCGGACGACUAAAUCACAAUCGCUUGGGCGCGCACUCUCUUGUCAUCUGCAUUUGGCAUCUUGCAAUGGCGCCUGAGUACUACGAGGUCACCAGCCCGGCGUCUUCGUCCGCCUCGCCACCGCCCUCGCCGGCCGGAGCUAGCCGCGGCGGAGGCAGCAGGGAGAAGAGGGGAAGAAGAAGCCGCGGAGGUGCCAACAAUGGCGCGGCGGGCGGGCGGCACCCGACGUACCGCGGCGUGCGGAUGCGGGCGUGGGGGAAAUGGGUGUCCGAGAUCAGGGAGCCGCGGAAGAAGUCACGCAUCUGGCUGGGCACGUUCCCGACGCCGGAGAUGGCCGCGCGCGCGCACGACGCCGCCGCGCUCGUCGUGAAGGGCCCCGCGGCCGUGCUCAACUUCCCGGAGCUGGCCGCGUCGCUUCCGCCCCCGGCCUCCGCGGCUCCCCACGACGUGCAGGCCGCGGCCGCGCGCGCCGCGGCCAUGGACGACCCAGCGCCAAUGCCGGCCGCGUCGCACUUGCCCGUCUGCCAUAAUCCAGGGCCGUCGUCGUCGAUGCUGGGCCAUGUCGAUGACGAGCAGCUGGAGGAGAUCAUCGAUCUACCGUGCAUCAGCGACUACGACGAUACCGCGGCGGAGGUCGUCUUCGGGGGCGAGUUCUUCCGUGACCCCAUUGCCGAUGAGGCGUGGUACGAGUACGAGCCAGCUGCGGCGUGGCUGGAGCCGGACAACUACGCCGGCAACGGCAUUGCCGCGCACGACGACGAGAUGGCCAUGUCAGGGCUCGGGAUCGAGCCGUGUCAGUGCUGGGUGCAGCCGGAUGGCAUCGUCGCGUCCGGGUUCGAUGCGCUUCUGGGGAACCUGUGAUGAGCUUUACUUAAAUCCGUCACUCCCCCCUCUUUUCUGGCUUGUGAAUAGUUCUCUCCUGUUUUCAUCUCCUUUUGGCAGCAGGCCACGCCCGCUCCAGCUUCUGAAUUUCGUUUAUCCUCUCCUUUUGUUCGACUAUGACGUGAUUGAUACUAAUACGUCCAUUAA